CCCUAUCGGGAAUCCCACCAAGCAGAUUGUAAAAUUUAAGUGGUAUCAACUUAUCAAUUUUCAGUUGUUGUUUGAGUCUUUCCUCUUUGAAAUUUAAAGGAUAUAAUUAAAAAGAUACUAAAUACCAUGGCCGAUUGCUCCAAGCCCGAUCCGGCGACAAAGGAUUACUUAAUGCAGCAGACCAUGUACAGGAUUAAGGAUCCUAAAAAGUCCCUUCCUUUCUACACCGACGUACUUGGCAUGACACUGUUGACAAAGAUAGACGUUGAGCCUAUGAAGUUCACGCUUUAUUUUGUCGGGUAUGAAGACCAGUCUGAGGUGCCGUCAGACAAUACCGAAAGGACUCAAUGGGCACUGUCGAGGAAAGCUACUUUGGAAUUGACUCAUAACUGGGGAACUGAAGAUGAUGAUAAUUUGUCAUAUCACAAUGGUAACGCAGAGCCACGUGGAUUUGGCCAUAUUGGAAUUCAUGUCCCCGACGUUGAUGCAGCUUGCGACAGAUUUCAGAAGUUGGGAGUCGAAUUUGUUAAAAAACCACAAGAAGGAAAAAUGAAGGGGCUCGCUUUUAUAAAAGACCCAGAUGGCUAUUGGAUCGAAAUAUUUAACUCCAAAAAUAUCGCUAAACUUGUUGAUUAUUUUUAAUAAUUCUUUAUUUUUACAUAACACCCUAUUAUAUCAUUACAGUGCCUUAAGAUUUUAUUUUAUUUUUUUUGUUCAAUUCUUUUUUAAAUAAAUUUUACUUAUUUUGUCUUAUUA